GUCUGGAUCUUCGGGGACAUCGUUAAGUGAUGAUGAGAGCAGUGAUGAUGAGGAGGCCCCUGCCAAGGUUGGAGUCAUAUCCUUAGACACUAGCAUGCUGGAAUCCUUGCAUGCCCUGGGGUCCUUGGAAGAGAAGAAUGUUCGCAAUUGGCACGAGCUAAUGCCACAUGUGGCCAGUCUGAAGAAUGCCUACAGGGACCGGCCACCUCCUCGUCGCAGACGUGAAGAUGAUGAUGAGGAAGAGCCUGCUGAGAUGAAGUUCUUCCGGGAGAAGGUGAUGGAAUGGUUAUUGAGGAGACAGUACCCCGAAGACUCCGCCAAGCUGGCCGAUCUAGAGAUGUGGUGGUAUACCACCACGGCCCGAGAACUGGGCCAUGUGACCUCGGAGAAGCAAUCACCAAGCGCCAUCGACUUCCUAGCAACAAUGCAGGAGGCUGUGCAGCUGGAGAAGCGGUUGGCUUCCAAGACUUCAUCUAGCAAGGCGUUGAAGGACCUGUUGAAUUCUUCGAUUGCCCAGUACAACAAGUUGGUGACGAAGAAGGAGCAUCGCAUUGAUGGGCGGAAAAAAAUCAUGGUGUAUAACCUGCCGCUUGGCCCAAUUUUUGGGCAUGAUCUCAUUGAAACUGGUAAGCGCACCCUGUUUGUUGUGAUUGGGCUGAGGCUGAGAGCUCCCACUGGCUUUCAUCAGACCAAGACGGAAAAGGUGGAAAAAUCUGAGGGGGAUGUAAAGAUGGAGAGCAAAGAAGAGGACUCCAGCAUGGACAGCGGUGCGGACGAGGAUGAGGAGGGCGAUGGCGAGAUCAAAGAAGAUGCUGAAGUCCGCGAUGGCUCCGUGUACGGGAAAAGAGAUGGCUAUUUGGCUGGGCUGGCAGUGACCAGCAGCACAAAGAACAACAUCUUCAAGAACACCAAGGGCUGGAAAUCGGGCGCCAUCCAUGGAGUGGAGAUGCUUCCGCGGGGCUCGAUGCAAAAGCCUCCUGAAGUUGCAGGUGGCACAUCGAUCAUCCACACUUCUUUGGAAAGCUUCCUGCCCAAAACGGUGGCCACGGCGGUGUUGAUUGAUUGUCAUGCAUACGAUGCUUGGCCAGGCUUGGCAACAUUGGAGGCAGCAUCACAAGGGACGCGGAUGAUCUGCGGCACAAUCUGCUUGGAUAUUGGAAGCGAGGCCAUUACAAAGAAGCUUGCAUCUCGCAUCUACGAGGAUGCUCGCAGCGGUGCGCUGGAGCUGCCUAAUUUUCCGCAGUUUGCCCCUCUGGUGGCAGCAAUGAAGGAUGAUGUCAAAGCAACCUCCCACCGUGAGUAUCAUGUGUGUGUGCAGCGCCAAAGUGCCCUGGCCAUCCUGGAAAGCUACGCCUCGAAGUUUAUGGAUUCAUCCGUGACAAAGGAUGAAGCUGUCGCUGCAAUUGAAGCCCACAAUGAAAAGUACAACCCCGAUGGUGAGUUUUGGGUGGAGACCGCCAGGACUGGAUCAGGGGUUUUGUAA